GCCCGCCGCGGCCCGGUUGCUGCGGCGCCCGCCGCUGGCCCCGGCCGCCCAGGCGCAGUGCGCGCAGCUCAGCGACGGCCCGUCCGACGCGGAGGGCUCCUCGGGGCAGGGCCGCGAGCCGCCGGCGGAGGAGAGGGACGAGCUCGGGCGCACGGCGCUGCCCCGCGAGUGGAGCCUGGGGGCGGAGGAGGAGCGCUUCGCCAGGCUGGAGAGCACGCUGCUGUGGGCGGCCUGCGACGCCGCCUCCCUCGAGUGGCGGCGGCGGGUCCUGUCCGAGGCCGCCGCGCACGACGGUCUGGCCUCCCUGCAGGAGCACCUCGACGGCCACCUGCAGGGCCUGCGCGGGAUGCUGGGGGCCACCCUCUUCGAGGGCCUGCUGCGGAAGCUGUUCUACAUUUGCUUCGCCGCGCUGGUGGUGCGCCUGUCCCGCCGCCGCGACCUGCAGGCCGCGUCGCAGGAGGCGGAGGAACUCUGCGGCUACUUCCACGC